CAGGAAAUUGCAAUUGCAAAUUGCAAAUUGCAAAGCAACAAUUUAAACUGUUCCUCUAACGUCAACUCGAACUCCUGUUAUUUCUGUUCCUUUUUUCUCUAGUUACUGUUACUUUUCUCCCGUUUCUCUCGCCGACAACGUAACGGUUCGCGGUGGCCGUUUCCGGUGUCACCGCCGAUCUCUCUCAAUCUCCUCCGCCAGAUUCACCGGAACUUGUUAUCUCUUCUCAUUUCGGAUUUACACUCUACUUACUUCCUUUCUCUUUCUCCGUCGCAACACAAUCAAUUUGAGGAAUACGAAAUGAUAGGAUCCUUUCUUACCUGGGCGCUUGUGAUGGUAUUUGGCUAUGCUUAUCCAGCCUAUGAAUGUUAUAAAGCAGUUGAAAUGAAUAAGCCGGAAAUUGAAAACCUUCGCUUUUGGUGCCAGUAUUGGAUUUUGGUGGCUGUUAUAACAGUAUGUGAGAGAAUUGGUGAUACUUUUAUAUCAUGGGUGCCAUUGUACUGUGAGGCUAAGUUGGCAUUUUUCAUAUUUCUGUGGUACCCCAAAACAAAGGGAACAACUUAUGUGUAUGAUUCCUUCUUUAAACCAUAUGUUGCAAAACACGAGACAGAAAUUGAUCGCAGCUUGUUGGAACUAAGGACAAGGGCAGGAGAUAUUGCAGUUUUGUAUUGGCAAAGAGCUGCUAGUUAUAGUCAGACUAGAAUAUAUGACAUUUUGCAGUUUGUUGCUGCACAAUCAACCCCAGCACCUCGUCCUGCUCAGCAACGACCAGGUGUGAAGGUCCGUCAACCUGCACCUGCUAAUUGCCAAACAGAACCACAAGUUGAGGAACCUCCAUCUCCUACCUCUAGCACAUCUUCGAGUCAGCUCCAGAAGGAGGUAGCAGAAGAGUUACACUCUGCACAAGUGCCUAAAGCAGCUCCUGUAGUGGGUUUAAGUAACCCAAAGUCUCUUGUUGCGGGUUUAAGUACUCAGAAGUCUCCUGUUGCAGGUUUAAGUACUCCGAAAUCUCCUGGAGCAGGUUUAAGUACUCAGAAGUCUAAUACUACGUCUGAAACAACCAACCAAGCUGCACCAGCAGAGGCAGAAACAAAGCAGAUUGAAGCAGCAGCACCGUCAUCUUCUUUAGCAAAUGAAAAUGGGAACCCUCCUAUAAAGGAGACCAUAAUGGAAGAAAGCAUUCGAGUUACACGGGGCAGACUAAGGAAAAACCGAUCAGCAGGAACCCGCUAGCGCAUCAUUAUUGUUAAUUUUUAGCCUGAAAUAGUGGCAGUUGAACAAUAAUGAGCAUUGAUUUGUCGUAAAACUUUAUGUAAAUCUGUCGUCCUCAGUUUUAAUUCCAUUUGUUGCUUCAUUUUAUUUCUUUCUUUUUUUUUGUCUUGGCAUGGAAGCUUUAGUAGCUUGAUGCCACUUUAUAUGGACCCAGAUUUGGAGGGGAUAUUUGCAUUGGCUGCUUUGUAUAG